AUGACUUUAGUCGGUUCCAACUACCAAUUAAUUUUUUCACAAAUUGCUACUGCUAUAUCGACCUGUACUGACCCCGUGGCUAAGAUUAAUCUACAGAUACAACUACGUAACCACAUCUAUGAAUCCCUGAAACAAUCAGGGAACUUCGACGGAUUUACGCUACGCCUAGAAUGGGUCAUGACCAAAAACCAUUUACAACUAACUAGCAGAGAAGUAGCGAACCUAUAUGCUCUUGUUGCUAAGGCCGGUAUCACCAGAGGCUUGGCGCUAUUUCAAAACGGUGCCACAGCCAGAAUAGGACCAUCUACCAAAUCCCACUAUGAUCAAUGUUAG